CACCACCGAAAGAACCCCUGGAACUUCAUCUCGACAACCAUAACCUCCAACGGGUUCGAUCCUCCAUCCAAAUCGAUCCCGCGUUCAAAAUGCUGUCCUUCAUAUUAAUACAAAAUCGACAAGGCAAGACGCGCCUAGCGAAGUGGUACGUGCCGUACAGCGACGAGGAGAAGAUAAAGCUGAAGGGGGAGGUGCACCGGCUGGUCGCGCCGCGGGACCAGAAGUACCAGUCGAACUUCGUCGAGUUCCGGAACUACAAGAUCGUGUACCGACGGUACGCGGGGCUUUUCUUCUGCGCCUGCGUCGACACCAACGACAACGAGCUCUCCUACCUCGAAGCCAUCCACUUCUUCGUCGAGGUCCUCGACGCCUUCUUCGGCAACGUCUGCGAGCUCGACCUCGUCUUCAACUUCUACAAGGUCUACGCCAUCCUCGACGAGGUCUUCCUCGCCGGCGAGAUCGAGGAGACGAGCAAGCAGGUCGUCCUCACCCGCCUCGAACAUCUCGAUAAGCUUGAGUGAAGAGCUCGUGGGCGAUCGCCUCUGUUUGCGGGGAUACGAUGAAUUAUAAUAAACAAAUGGGUUGAUAAUGGGUUCGCCGUCGUGUAAAUAAUUUUGUUUGGACUUAAAGAUGUAUAUUUUCUAGGCAGAGGCGUCUGGCGUCCCUCGACAAGAUUGAUAUUGGAAGGUAGUCUGAAUCUCACGAGACUACAACAGCAUUUGAACUUGGAAUAUCUUAUUUGAAAGCAUGGAAUAGGCCCCUUAUCUGCGAGACCACUACGACUGCUUUGGAAGCUCACAAUUUGUUAUUGCAACGUUCGUUAAUUUCAUCUAGCUAAAGCUAUGUGGACAUUCAUCCGAUCCAUUCCGAUGCCAGAAUGUG